GUCGACCGGCAUUGUUUAAAGAAACAAUAUGUCCGCCAAUUUUAUUUUUGUUUACAAAUUUUACUUUUGUUUAUGUUUGUAAAAUGGUGAUGCGAGGAAGUUAAUAUGAAAAUGUUUCGAAAUAUAGUGAUUUAUUUUACAGUCACAUUAAUUACUGGAAUAUGUGGCCAGUGCACGUUUCCGUCUCCGUUCGCGAGCAGCAUGUGGCACGACAGCACGCGAGGGGAUCUCACGUUCACGGACACGACGUUGACGGGCUGGGACGUUACGUUAAGCCCUACACAGACAAUCGAUACGUGGACGUGCCUCGAUUACGCUGACAGCUCCAAGCUGGUCAUCAAGGCGACAUCGAGGUUCACUCUAGUCGGCAGCAGCCAGGUCUAUGUGUACGCUUGUCUGGUUUUAACAGAGGUCACAGCCGGAGUGUCAUAUACAUACCAGCAACGAAAUGUCCAGGAGGGUAACGCUGCCCAGAACCGUCUACGCUUCAACUCGGCGGGGACGUUGGCAUCGGCCUCCGAUGUGUGUGACGACACCGCCACCAUACCGACACUAGAUUUCCACGUGCUCGUACUGUCAGGAUCGGAGUCGUCGGCGGCAGUCAUUCUACCAACGAGCUUUCUGUUCUCCGCAGACUACAUUCUCCAGGCGUCGGACGGCACGUUAACGUGUAACGAUACGGUGGACGUGAUGGACAUGUGCUCCGACACGUCGGCACUUACGUUUGACUACACCACCGGCAACUGCCAGGAACAGGUCGCAUACUCAGCGGGUGGGUCGCUGUAUUGUGUGGCGACGGUUAGCCUGACGUCGUACGACUGUGCCGUUUUUUACAACCGGGACCCGACUAUUUCAGGCACCGCAACGCGUUUCACAUGCAUUUGUUCUGAUGGGAAUACGGCAUCCGUUGCCCCGAACAACUGCACAAUUUACCAGGACGCCACCUCCGUCCCCACAGACGCCGACAUGACGACGCCCGUCGGAUAUCUCAUAAACUUCGGAGCUAAAACACGUUAG